UCAUCGUUCCCGUCCCGACCAAAAGUUUCCCCUUUCCCCGAUUGCGUUUCCUCUAUCUCUCUCCAGUUUCGCCAUGGCUCUUCGUGACCACCACCAUUUUCAGAAACAGCCACCGGAUUCGAAGAAUUUCAGCUGGGACUUGUGUGGGACCGAUGAUAAAAUUUCUCCGGGACUUGGGUUCGACAGCUCUUCUAAUCUCCAUGAUCAAUCUCAGCAUCCUCCGUAUAUUCUUCCUUUUCAUGUUCCGGGUAUUGCACCGGGCCCUGUCGGGCGAAUCGAUGGUCCCGAUGGAGCUGCUGCUGACUUACGGUGGAGCUAUGGAGUUGAACCGAGACGAAAGAGAAUAAAGGAACAGGAUUUUUUAGAGAAUAAUUCUCAGAUAUCUUCGAUUGACUUUAUGCAAGCCCACUCUGUAUCGACCGGAUUGGGUCUUUCUCUUGACAAUACCCGAAUUGCUUCCUCGGAUUGCUCCGCUUUCAUGACGCUUAUUGGAGAUGAUAUUGACCGGGAAUUGCAGAGGCAAGAUGCUGAAGUUGAGAGAUUUCUCAAGAUUCAGGGAGACCAACUAAGGGAAACAAUCCUGGAUAAGAUUCAGGCAAACCAACUUCAAACAAUAUCUCUCAUGGAGGAAAAGAUCAUCCAAAAACUCUGUGAAAAAGAAGCCGAAGUACAAACCAUAAACCGAAAGAAUAAGGAACUCGAGGUACGUACGGAACAGCUAACAAUGGAAGCCGGGGCUUGGCAGCAACGGGCAAAGCACCAUGAGAACAUGGUCACCGCCCUGAAGUACAAUCUCGAAAGCGUACAUUCUCAGCCCCGAGACAGCAAAGAAGGGUGCGGGGACAGUGAGGUGGACGAUACGGCUUCUUGCUGCAGCGGGAGAAACGUUUCGGGUAAGGAGAGAUUUUCAGGUCGGGAGAGAAUGAUGUGCAAGUUUUGUGGAGGGAAAGAGGUGUGUAUGCUGUUAUUACCGUGUAAGCAUCUGUGUCUGUGUAAGGAAUGUGAAAGCAAACUCAGCUUUUGUCCAUUGUGUCAGUCGUCUAAGUUUAUUGGCAUGGAAGUAUACAUGUGAUUGGUGGGGAGUUACACUAAGUGAUUCAUAGUAACAAAAGUUAGAACUCUUGUGAUUUCUUGUUCUUGUGUUAAUUAAUAAAAUUAUUUUCCAUU